AACAUUCUUCUUCUCAUCGCUUCUUUAAACGAAUCAAACUCAUCACUUCACUCUCUCUUAUCGGAUCUUCCAAAGUAUAUCCUUCAAUGGAUCUAUGUACUCUUCAAGUAAAGGACGUUACGAUCCGAAACCCUUUCUUCUCAUCGUCCGUGAAAUCAUCAUCAAUUUCUGGGAAAAUCGGUGAAUUGGAGUUUAGAUUUCUCAAACGUAAGGUUUCUUCUCCUUCUCCGUAUCGUUCUUUGGUUGUUCGAGCUUCGUCUAAGAAGAGUAACGACGAUUCUUCUGCUUCUGGAGAUGCUUCUCAGGAAAACAAGCCUACUAAUGGUAACAAAUCAGGCGAUUCCGCGGCUCCGAAGUCGUUCGGUUUAAAGGCGGAUUGGAGAGAGUUUAGAGCGAACUUGUUUAUGAAAGAGCAGGAAGAAAAGGCGGAAGCUGAGGGUAAUGAAUCGGAACCGAUAGGGUUGAAAUGGGCGCAUCCGAUUCCGUUUCCUGAGACUGGUUGUGUUCUAGUUGCUACAGAGAAGCUAGAUGGUUAUAGAACAUUUGCGAGAACGGUUGUGCUUCUUCUUAGAGCAGGAACUAGACAUCCACAAGAAGGGCCGUUUGGAGUUGUUAUCAACCGUCCACUUCAUAAAAACAUCAAGCAUAUGAAAUCAACGAAAACCGAGCUUGCUACAACGUUUUCUGAAUGUUCUUUGUACUUUGGUGGACCUCUUGAAGCAAGCAUGUUCUUGUUGAAAACCGGCGAUAAAACUAAGAUACCUGGGUUUGAAGAAGUCAUGCCCGGGCUUAACUUUGGUACUCGAAACAGUUUGGAUGAAGCUGCAGUGCUUGUAAAGAAGGGAAUUCUUAAGCCACAGGAGUUUAGAUUCUUUGUUGGUUACGCCGGUUGGCAGCUGGAUCAGCUCAGAGAAGAGAUCAAAUCAGAUUAUUGGCAUGUUGCUGCUUGCAGCUCAGAUUUGAUAUGCGGAGCUUCAUCGGAAAACUUGUGGGAAGAGAUUUUACAGUUAAUGGGCGGUCAAUACUCCGAGCUUAGCCGGAAACCCAAGCUGGAUAUCUAGAAGUUAUGUUUGAAAUUGAUGCUAGUUUUCUAAGAGAACUUGAGGCUUUUUAUAACUUAUAUAUAUUUUCUCUAUUAAGCCAAUUUGUAUAGCUUACUUCGCUGGCUUUGUAUGUGAGAAUAAUGCACUUCUAUGCUAUUUAUAAAGAUUUGCUUUGUGAAAACUCCUAUUAUGUAUUCUGCAGUUAAUAACUAAAAAACAUCUAUCUAAUAAAUUGAAACAGUUGUU